AUGAUCGCUUGGAUCACAAGAUAUGGUUCGAUAGUGCACAAGAUCCGACUGUGCAGAACGCAGAUCUUCCAGCCCAAGAUUAUAGGGAUGUUUGCGACUGGUAAUGAGAGAUCGAAUCUCGCCUUACAUCAAUCCGCUCAACUGAGGUGUUACGUCAAUUCCAACGAGUAUGUACUCGUACACUCUCAUAGACAGACCCGUCAUCGCCAGGCUGUUGGGGAGCCGAUUGUGCAGUACUUCCAGGCGAGUUUCACACCAAACGGUAAGAUCAUCCUGGUGAAUUCCUUCGUCCCUGUUGCCAGAUUGAGCCACAUCACCCAAGUCGAUAUCAUUCGCGGUAGAUCCAUCUUCUUUGGGCGUCGUACUGCCUUCUCGGCCCUCCUGGGACAGACACAGACAUCAAGGAGAUGCGUAGUUCUCGCCAUCAAUGUUUCCGUACUCUCAGCAGUCAGGAAGAAGCUGCGUCACAAGUGCCAAAUCUCUGACACUCAGCUUGCAAUGAACAGCCCGCAUAAAGAUGAUCUUGGACAAGGUAAGAUCCCCAAUAUCGCCGAGGGUGUCAAGCAUGUCGGCUGCGACUUGUUGGAUGUACUCAGGCGCAUGAGGAAUUGGAUGUUGCAAGGUCAAACUGAGCUCUUGACAGGUGAUCAUCAGAUCCUCGGUGACGGUGUAGAACUUUUCCAUUGUGCGCGAUCUGCAAUCUGUGGCUCCUGA